AUGAACUUGGAGCGGCUGCGGAAGCGCGUCCGCCAGUACAUAGACCAGCAACAAUAUCAAAGUGCUCUAUUUUGGGCAGACAAAGUAGCCUCAUUGUCUCAUGAGGAACCACAAGACAUUUAUUGGUUGGCCCAGUGUCUCUACCUAACUGCUCAGUAUCAUAGGGCAGCACAUGCCCUUCGAUCACGUAAGUUAGACAAGUUAUACGAAGCCUGUCGGUACCUUGCUGCUAGGUGUCACUAUGCUGCAAAGGAACAUCAGCAAGCUCUUGAUAUCCUUGAUAUGGAAGAACCAAUUAACAAAAGAUUAUUUGAAAAAUACUUGAAAGAUGAAAAUGGACUGAAAGAACCUUCUAAUGACUGGGAAAUGUCCCAAUCUUCAAUUAAGAGUUCUAUUUGCCUUUUGCGGGGGAAGAUCUAUGAUGCCCUAGAUAAUCGAACUUUAGCAACUUAUAGCUACAAAGAAGCCUUGAAGCUUGAUGUCUACUGCUUUGAAGCAUUUGAUCUUUUAACAUCACACCACAUGCUGACAGCACAAGAAGAAAAAGAGCUUCUUGAAUCUCUACCUCUUAGCAAACAAUGCACAGAAGAACAAGAAUUGCUGCAUUUUCUAUUUGAGAAUAAGUUAAAAAAGUAUAAUAAGCCUAGUGAAACUGUCAUUCCUGAAUCUGUAGAUGGUCUGCAGGACAAUCUGGAUGUGGUAGUGUCUUUGGCAGAAAGACAUUAUUAUAACUGUGAUUUCAAAAUGUGCUACAAGCUGACUUCAGUAGUAAUGGAAAAAGAUCCUUUCCAUGCAAAUUGUUUACCUGUACACAUAGGGACUCUUGUGGAACUGAAUAAAGCAAAUGAGCUUUUCUAUCUCUCUCAUAAACUGGUGGAUUUAUACCCUAGUAAUCCUGUAUCUUGGUUUGCAGUAGGAUGUUAUUAUCUAAUGGUUGGGCACAAAAAUGAACAUGCCAGAAGAUAUCUCAGCAAGGCCACUACGCUUGAAAGAACCUAUGGACCUGCAUGGAUAGCAUAUGGACAUUCAUUUGCAGUUGAGAGUGAACAUGACCAAGCAAUGGCGGCUUACUUUACAGCAGCACAGCUAAUGAAAGGGUGUCACUUACCAAUGCUAUAUAUUGGAUUGGAGUAUGGUUUGACUAACAAUUCAAAAUUGGCUGAAAGAUUUUUCAGCCAAGCUCUGAGUAUUGCACCUGAAGAUCCUUUUGUUAUGCAUGAGGUUGGAGUGGUUGCAUUUCAAAAUGGAGACUGGAAGACAGCUGAAAAAUGGUUUCUUGAUGCAUUAGAAAAGAUUAAAGCCAUUGGAAAUGAGGUAACAGUUGAUAAAUGGGAACCUUUGUUGAACAACUUGGGCCACGUAUGCAGAAAACUGAAAAAGUAUGAAGAAGCACUAGAGUACCAUCGUCAAGCCUUGGUGUUGAUUCCCCAGAAUGCUUCUACCUAUUCUGCCAUAGGAUAUAUACAUAGCCUAAUGGGAAACUUUGAAAGUGCAGUUGAUUAUUUCCACACGGCCCUUGGACUUAGGAGAGAUGAUACAUUUUCCGUUACUAUGCUUGGGCAUUGCAUUGAAAUGUAUAUUGGUGAUUCUGAAGCUUAUAUUGGUACAGAGAUCAAAGACAAGUUGAGAUGUUAUGACUUUGAUGUACAUACAAUGAAGACGCUGAAAAACAUCAUUUCACCUCCGUGGGAUUUCAGGGAAUUUGAUAUAGAAAGGCAGACUCUGGAAGAAACUGGGCUUAUCCCAUUAGAAACUUCCCAUCAUUCAAGGAAAAAUACAGAUUCCAGGCCUCCAUUGGAAGAAACCUUUGAAAUUGAAAUGAAUGAAAGUGACAUGAUGUUAGAAACUUCCAUGUCAGACCAUAGUACAUGAUUCAAAGCCCUGGUCAAAAUUUCAAUUUGCCCUAGUAUGUUAGUAUUUUGUCACAUCCUUGUCAUGUUUGAAGAAUUUGCUAUUUUUUUAUAUGAAUCUAAACUACAUCUACAUCUAGUAGCAGAGAACUAAUGCCUGCCUUAAAAGACUGGAUAGCACACCUUCACAACAGAUGGUUUUCCAAUUUUACUGAUUCUAAAAAAAAUUACGCAUAAUGGAAUAAAGAAGGUAAACCGUCUUGUUUUUUAAACUGUAAUGAGACCCUUUGACUGCUAUUAAAACUGUGAUGAAUACUAA